GGCGGGGAAGUUGGGAAGUCUGUCGAGAAGCUAAGCCCAGACUUGCAUACUCUUCCGUCGGCGAGAACACUAGGCUACAGUUUUGAGGAGGAAAGGACACACGCCGUCACAUUUUAGCAGCCUCCAACGCUAUCUCUGUUUUUCCACGUCGCGAGGAAUCUCGAGCACGAUGGUGAUCAAAGUUUACAUCGCGUCGUCAUCCGGAUCAACCUCAAUCAAGAAACAGCAGCAGGAUGUCAUGGGGUUCCUGGCAGCCAAUAAGAUUGAGUUUGAGGAAUGUGACAUUGCAGCCAAUGAAGAGAACAGGAAAUGGAUGCGGGAAAAUGUACCAGCAGAUUCCCGACCAGCCACAGGGAACCCUCUCCCACCUCAGAUUUUCAAUGAGGAGAGAUACUGUGGGAACUAUGAGGCCUUCUUUGAUGCACGAGAAGAGAACGCUGUGUAUGCUUUUUUAGGCUUGACUGCUCCCCCAGGUUCUAAGGAAGCAGAGGCUCUAGCCAAAAAAGAGCAGCAGUAGUCCACCUUCAGUUACCUGCUAUCUCCUAGGCUGCAACUAGACUCCACUGCUUUGUUUCUAAACUAUCCAGACGCAACAAUCCGUUAUGUGCUUUCAAUCCUAUAAUUUUAUACCUUCAUAUUACUUAUCAAUCUCCCCGUCAAAUUAGAUAAGGCCUUUCUGGUCCUACCUGCUCCUAUGUCUUACAGACUGUGAGAAGGUCUUACAACUGUGGAUUACUUGCUCUUUACUAGUUGCCAGAAUUACUUUCCUGCCAUCCUCCUGUUUGUGAAGUUGAAAAAGAAUUCUGUCUGUUUCGUUGUAUACAUUUGUAUGGUGGUAUUCAUUUAUGAUGUGCCAUAACCAGUGAUUGAUUAGUGCCUGCAUUUUAACACAGAUUGCACUUAGAAUUCAUCAAAAUGAUUACUGUAAAUUCAUGUUUGAAUUAAAAAAAAAAAAUUCCCUGUUAAAUAAAGUUAAAGGGCUACAGUAGGUAGUAAACAUUUGUUCUAGUUAGCAUAAAGUCUAGUCACUAGUGUUUUAGCUUUAAGCUGGCUAAUUUGUGUCAAAAGAUGCUGUUUUGUCUUUCAGUGUUUGAGCUUUUGGUGACCUUAAAAGGUACACUAAGUAUAACGAUAUAAAAAUUCAAUGUUGGCUUUAGUUUCAUUUCUUGUAUCGGAUUAGUAAUUUCUUGGUAGCUUCCUUAAAAUCAGGAGUCAGUUCAGUUAAGAUAUCUCAGUAUGUCAGGAUGUAUGUCAUUUAAGAUAAUAAUUUUGUGCACCAUUUGUUAAAUGUGAGGUCCCAAUACGAACUAUAAUCAUUGUAAUUAUAUAUUGUUCAGCAUAAGUAUUACUUAGUGUACCUUUAACUCAUUCUUCAGAGUGUCUUAAUAGUGUACAUUUUUUUCUAUUUUAUGAGCAAAUAGAAAAUAUGCCAAAAAUUUUUGACGAACUAUUGAAGGGGGCAGGACAAUAAAGCAUUGUUUUAAUUAAAA